AUGACUCCAUCCAGUUCGGUGAGUGGAUCGGGGACUGGGGGUGGAGGACAGCAUAUAUCCGGGACGGCCACACCUGCGCACGUCUCGCCGGCACCGAAUACGACUCAGUUUGUCUUUGUGGACGAAUAUAACCGGUUCAAGAGGUUGAAGGUCACGAGGGCGUGCGAGACGUGUCGGAGGAGAAAAGUCAGGUGUGAUAGUUCGCAGAUGAAUGGAGGUCCGUGUUCGAGUUGUCGGAGGUUGAAUGUGGAGUGCAUUACGCCGAGCUCGUCACAGCAGCCUGGGUAUCCUACACGAGACGACGAGCAAGUGCACAAGGGUGAUCAGUAUCAGACUGGAGCCGGGGCGACCGCGCAGCAACAUGGAAUGCCUCCGCACGAUUUUCAGCAACAGAAUUACCCGCAGUUGAUGCAGCAACAGUAUGAGCAACUCGCACAACUUGCGCAUUUACCUGUCGAGCAGUUUACACCUAUCGCACCAGAACCACAUCAGAUCCUCGCACAGCAGGAACAGGGUGAGGAGAUGGGGAAGUUAUCGGAUGUAUUGGGAUUACUGAAUAUCGAGGGAAGCGGGAGAGCUGAAUACGUCAAAUCAUUCGACAAAAAGUACGUACCGACUAUGCCGGCGGCUGGCGACUGCGGAACUCCACCAAUAUCGUUCUCUUCACCAAAGCUCUCCUCGGAACUCCUCGCGACACGGAUACCCGCCAACCUCAUGCCAAGCGACGACCUCGCCAUGCACUUGUUCAGCGUUUACUUCGAACAAAUUCACCCAUAUAUGCCGAUCAUUUCCCGCCGGCAGUUUAUUCGACAAUGGCACAAAGACAGGGAUGAUCUUAGUCCGCUGUUAUUGGAGUGUAUUCUCGGCUGUGCUGCACGAUUCACCGAGCGACCCGCGGGUAGGACAGACGUCGAUGAUCCGAGCACGAACGGAAUGGUCUGGGUACUCCGCGCAAAAGAGCAUAUCUGGGAUUACCACGACAUGCCACGCCUCGCAACCGCCCAAGCAUCCCUCAUCUUUCUCAAAGCACUGGAAACGAUUCCGCAACAAGGGUUGUACUACCGGUCGUGGCUGAUGUUGGGUGUCAUCGUCCGUCAUGCGAUGGAUUUGGGGUUGAACAAGUUGGCAGAUAAGUACAAAUCACAAAUGCCAGUGAUGGACCUCAUGAUUCGCAGACGGAUAUGGCAGCAGUUGUUUAUGCUUGAUCAAAUGAUGGGACAAGCUACGGGUCGGGAGAAGUAUAUUGAUAUCAAUACGCUGGAUUUGACGCUGCCAGUGAGGGAUCCGGAUUUGGACGAGAAGGAGUUCGAUACGCAUUCGGAUUUUAUCUAUCUGGUUGCGUUAGUGAAGGUUCUGAGGAGGAUGAGUGAUAUUUAUCUUCAGCUGGGUGCGGACUGGAAGUUGAGCUCGAUUUUCACCGUUGGGUAUUCGGCGAUGGACGAAAUUCUCGAUGCUUGGUACGCCGGUUUACCAGCACGGUUGAAACUAGUGGUACCAGAUGAUUUUGAUGCACCAUUGCCGAAGUUUGGCUUUCAUUUUUUGCCGUUUUUGCACAUGGUUUACAAUCUGUGUCGGAUUGUGCUGCAUCGGCCGUGGGCGGAACAAGGUGGCCAUAUCGAUAACGUGGAGAAGUGUUUGGGACCUUCCAUCAACCUCGUUCGGAUCGCGAAGGCUACGUUGGACCAGUUUGGACUCCGUGGCUUCCAGUGCUCGUUACGAGGGACGAACUUCACGGUUUAUGGCCUCGUUUCUGCGUCCGCGAUCUUCCUGGGGAGGAUUAGGGCGAAUGUAACAAAUCCUUGGGCGAAGUUCUUCCAGAUGGGGAUCGAGGUGUUGGAGGUCGUUGUGGAUUCGACGCAUAACGAGGAUCUACAUCAGCAGGUGCAGAAGAUGAAAGAGGCUUGUCGAGCAUCGCUUGAGCGGUCGAGGAGGUUGGAGUCUACGCCUCCUGUUGGGCCGUCGCCCCAGCAGGGACAGCAGCAACAACCGCCGAGCCAGCAGCCGCAGGGGAUGGAUACAACGUACAAUUCUGAUCCGGCACUUGGGUUCCAUGUCCAUCCAUCCUGGCAUCCGGAUAAUGCCGCAAGGGAGGUGUACAGCCGUGGUGCACCACCGGCUGCACAAUCCUUCCAGCAUGAAUUGCAAGGACUGAUGUUGCCACCAAAUCCACCCGCACCAUAUAUGCAGAACAAUUUCGGCAUGGUGGGCGGUACGGGAGGGAUGGCUGGCAUGGGGGCCCCGGAUAUGGGAGGAGGGUUUUAUGGGGGGCCGGAGGAUGGGGAUCCGCAGUAUUGGUCGCAGAUGCAGGCGCCGACUGGGAUGGAUCAUCCCGAUGAUUUGGAGGAGGACUUAAGUGGUGGGCAUGGGCAUGGAAUGGGACUGCAGUGA